CUCCAAUGGGCCUCUUUCUUCUAUUGAUUAGAACCGUCACUUCAUGCUAAAUAUCUUUACCAUUCAUUACUUUUCUCACUAAUUAUUUUUAUUCCUCUAGCAGGACUUUGAGUCUUCGCCGCCUUCUUGUCCUGGGCUGGAAUAUCUUGACAUACCAGCUACAGGUGAUAUGAGAUACAACCAAGAAUCUCAUAUUUCUUCCUUGACGAUAGAAACCCCUCCACAGCCGCCUUCUGUGCUCGGCGGGUUUUCUGCACCUCUUUUAAAUACCACUACAACGGGAUACUCUCCUGAUACUGGAUCAUUCUAUUCUCCAGCCUCACAGAUCUUCCCCGGGAUCGACGUCAGGCCACCGCGCCUGAGCUCCAACAGUUGCCUUACUUACCCCCAUAGUAGUACUACUUCAUCCACGGGCAUGGCACAUGCCAACCGCUCCGCUGCGUUACCAAAUCCAGCAUCAGGUUACAACGUGAGAGAUCUCUACUCUGGAGCGAGGCCAUCCUUUGGGAGACCAACGGAGCAUACGAGAUCUCCUUCUUUCGCAGCGCCUUUGCGACGCCAUCCCCUCUCGCCAACUCCAAGCCCCAGUAUCAGCUUCACGAGUCCCGUUAGAAUGGACACUAGUCAGUAUGGGAAAUCCGGGGGGUCGCAUAUCCCUCCGCUCCUGGCAAUGAGCACGAAUGGCCAACUGAUGUACGGUGAAUCCGGCACGCCUAUAAAAAUUGACAUCCAUGGGACCAUCGACAAGGGUUUUUUCAUGUCGGAUGGGGACUGGACAUGCUACAGGAGGAACUAUUUCUCUUGCAUCUGCUCGUACAGCUUAUCGCCGUACUCACCUAACACGACGAUGCAGUAUAUUCCCAGCGGAUCGUCCUCAUCAUACCAAGUUUUCGGGUUUGCAAUGUGCAUUUCUGCUGUAGUCUCCGACAGCGACUCGCAUACGAUUGACUUGGUGCAGCAUACGCCAAAGAGAGACAAAGGACCGGUGCAGAAACCCGAGAAAGUAAGACUUACACCGAAACAACCGCAGCAAACGCCCCAUCCUCUAUUGUACCAAGAUCAUCAUGGGAUGCCUGGAGGUUCGAGACCUCUGUAUGAAAGCGGUUACGGGCAGAGUACCCAGGGGUCGUAUCCUAGCGAGCAUACAUUCGAACGAAUCCAAUUCAAGCAGGCGACGGCAAAUAAUGGGAAGCGAAGAGCAGCUCAGCAAUACUAUCAUCUGGUUGUUGAGCUGUAUGCAGAUGUGGGAACUCAAGGCCAGGACCCGUUCAUGAAGAUAGCAUCUCGAAAGUCGGCUAAAAUGAUCGUACGAGGUCGCUCCCCCGGACAUUACCAGACAGAAAGGCGGGGAAGCACUAGUAGCGGGCCCGGUGGAUCAAGCGGGAUGGGCGGCUUUUCCGGAUCCCAGGUACUAGGGCCAGAAUACGGCGGCUCCGGUGGCCCCUCAUUGCUCUCAGGCUCGUACGCCGGCGGCGGAGGGUACGAUCCGCGAUCGGCACAUUUUGGGGCUACUCGCCACCAUGAGCUACCAGCGGAGCCGAUUAUACCAACCGAAGAGGCUAAAGCCAUUGAUAAUACGAGAGAAUACCAAUACUAUCCCGCGCCUAUCUACGAAAAUGCCGAUUCAAGACAAGGCGUGGAGAUGUUUUCUCACCGAAGCGAUCCAGAAAACGUAAUGACUUCAGCCCCACCGGCGGGGGAUUCAAGCGGUUCCAAAGUCAAGCACGAAUACGAAGGCCCCCUUCCGAGUAUUCUGUACAACCCUGGAAAUUCUUACUACCGGGGCUGUAGCCGAUUCGAAGGGAAGUCGACGUCGACGGGCUAUUAUCCGACCAUGCCAACAAUGCUUCCCCAAUCUGGGUGAUAAGAAGAUUGUUCAGAUUAGAGAAUUGUACUUGGUCACAUUCUGGCCGGUCCACACAGUAUAUUUCUUUUCGCGUAUUCUCACCAUCUGCGUUUCGUUCUACUGCGUCUAGCAUGACAAUCGGAGAUGAAAAGCAUAUCUGUUUUCUGGAUUUUGGGUUUCCC